UUUAUAUAGGAUUUAUUUCUGAAUUAAGCGUAUAUUAAAAUGCCUGCAAAUAAGGAACAACCGUUGCUUUACAUGGAGGAGUACAAGGUCAAGCAGGAUCCACAGGAUUAUGGGCUGGCCGACGAGGUCUUCAAUAUGGAUGUUUUUAAAAGCAAAUUGCAAGUGGUGAUUGUACGGAAUGAUGAAGAAAAUGGCUUGGAAUUUGAUCUGAUUGGCGUCUAUCCGGCGAUCGCAAACGCCUUUCGUCGUUUGAUGCUAAGCGAGGUGCCGAGCAUGGCCAUUGAGAAAGUGUACAUCUAUAACAACACUUCGAUCAUACAGGAUGAGGUUCUGGCGCAUCGCAUGGGUCUGUUGCCGCUUAGGGCUGAUCCCCGUCUGUUUGCCUAUCGCACAGAGGAGAGCACGGAGCAGGGUACCGAGCAGGAUACGCUCGAAUAUGAGCUGAAAGUGAAGUGCACACGUCGCAAGGAUGCCAACAAAGAUCAGUCCAACUUUGAUGAUAUUUAUAAGAAUCACAAGGUAUAUUCGGGCCAUCUGAAAUGGCUGCCCAAGGGCAAACAAGGACAGAUUUACAGUGAAAGCAGCGUGGGCUGCAUACAUGAGGAUAUACUCAUUGCACAGUUGCGACCGGGGCACGAGCUGGAUCUGCGACUAAUUGCCGUCAAGGGCCUUGGGAAGGAUCAUGCAAAAUUCUCGCCUGUGGCUACUGCCUACUAUCGACUGCUGCCCCAAAUCAAUCUGACCAGAGAAGUGACCGGCAAAGAUGCCUAUCUACUGCAGAGCUGUUUCUCGCCGGGCGUCAUUGGCAUCGAUGAGAACGAGUGCGCCUAUGUGAAGGAUGCACGGUACGACAGCUGCAGUCGCAAUGUCUACCGCUAUCCGCAUCUGGCCGAUGCUGUUACAAUGGCACGUGUACGCGAUCACUAUAUAUUUAAUGUAGAAUCGGUUGGCGCUCUGAAGCCGGAGGUUAUAUUUCUGGAAGCCGUUAAAGUGUUGAAAAAAAAGUGUCGCAGCUUUAUAGAUGAAAUCGAGGCGGAAUAAACAUAAACAUUUAUUUCUGUAUAUAAGUUAGUUAUGCUUGUCAAUAUAUAUAUAUAUAUAAUUAUAUAUAACUUGAAAAUAAGUUUAAGGUUGAAACAAAUU